AUGUUGUUGGACUACUGCUGUCGUUGUUGUGGAUUCACACUCAUAAAGCGCCAUGGACCCUUCUCCCUCAAGACUACACCCAGUGACACCUGGGUCGUCCUGCAGAAUCUGUUAAUGUGCAUGGUGUGCUUCUACUCGCUGUACUACAUCGUGGUCAGUCUCUGCAUCGGAGUGCUCAGGGUUCAUGACAUUAACAGCUUGUUGGCUCCAUUUGACUACACAACACAACCGUCAUGGCAGAACACCAAAUACCUGGUUGGUGUAAUUUCCACAGAAUUGACCUAUGUUUUGGGAGGGCUGGUUGCCUGGAUUGUAGAGGAGUGGGUUUGGGAUUACGCCAUAACUGUCACACUGCUGCAUGUUGCGAUCACUGUAGUAGUGAUGUCAGACUUCCCUUCAGCUGAGCACUGGUGGAUAGCUCUGGGUUCAGGCCUGGUCAUGAUGAUCUUUGGAGGACAGCUCCUGGCCUAUAAACUCUUUAGAAGCAACUUUGUCUAUCCAGCUGAUCUACAGAACUUCUAAUGAACAUAAUGAGGAAAGCUUUUAGCUGGCUUACUCUUUAACCUCAGAU